AUGUCGCUUCCGGACAUGUGUCCGAAGUUCCAUCAGCCGAAUCUCGUUCAGUCACUCGUGAGAUUUUUGAGUCGGUCUUACAGCUUUCGAUCCUCCUCGUGGAUCAACAAGAACAUACUACGCAGAAAAGUUCUCAACCACCAGCAACGUCACAGAAUACGACGAAAAGACGACUUCAAGCUUCUGACACCAGUCCAACAGAAAGCGCCCGCGAUGUCCGACAACGACACCGACAGCGACAACCAAUUUGUCCGCUACCAAGAAGAAGCAGAAGAUUUCGCCGCCGUCUCCCAGAACCAAACGCGCAUCUGCCGUGGAAUGGGCACAGAGGUCAAAGAGAGUAUUGAAGAAUACGUCGAUACGUUCCAGGAAGUCUUGAGUACCUUCCAAGGAAUGGUGGGGGCCAACGACACCGAGAAAUGCCUGGUGCUGCAAUGGAACGCUUUCAAAUCUGAGCUUCUCCGCAUCAUGGGCGAGAAGAUAUGCGUUGCUCUCGACGACACUAGGAGUGAUCUAUACAAGGAAUCGAAGCUGCGGGAUCUGGAUCAGAAGACUGUGGAUGUGCAGGAGCAGAUCAGGAAGAUCGAGAAGCAGCUCGAGCUCAUCAGGACUAGCAAGAAACAGGAGAAGGAGGAGAAUCAAGAACAUCCGCCCAAAGAGAAGGAGCAGGUUGAGAAUUACGAACAGCCGCCGACCGAGGAACAGGAAAAUGUCGACAAUUCCGGACAGCCGCUCGCUGAGGAUGUCAAGAACCUUUAG